AUCACAGUAAAACGUUUUUUCAUGGAAAGAAAAAUAAUACCGUAGAACGAAACGUUUUGCGUCAAUUAGUAAUGAUACCAUACUAAUAACAUUUCCAUUUAUAUAAGGAAAGUCAAAAACGUAAUUCGCUACAUCGUGGCAAUCGUGGCAUUCGUAGGUAGUCCUUUUACAAAUCAAGGUCUUCGGUUAUCUUUAUUUCUGAGAGAAGGUAAUAUCCAAAUUGAAUAGUAUCAUAAUUUAUUGAAAAUAAUGUAAAAUUAAAAAAUUCUGAAAUAAAAGGUAAGGAUAAAAAAAGUAAAAUAUUUUUUUUACGUGUUGCGUUGCUCUAAAAUUCGCAUCUAUGUCUUAUGAAUACUAUCAAUAAAAGAAACUGGCCCAUGAUGGAAAGUCUAUCCCAAUAAUUUUCAUUGUACCCUUUUUAACUAAAGACAAAUAAAUCAAGCAUCAAUUGGAGGAAUUCCGUUUACAAGUAUGGUAUCACUAAGAAUGUCAAGUCAAUCUUGAAUAAAAACAAAAGGUGAAGUUUACAGGGUGUCUAGGUCUACUACAAUUUAUUAUGUUCUCGCUACAGUGAGUGCAACAGACGUGUCGGUUUAAGUGCAUUUUAAAGCAUUAUUAGAAGUUCUUGCAUCACCUACUGGGACUUGGCAGAUUUAUACAACAUGGAGGUGGACGAGUAUGUAGAGGAUGGUGACCAGCUAAAGGCAAGGCCUUACCAAGCCCAACUUGAAGAAAUUGCUGUUAAAAACAAUACUAUCAUUUAUUUACCAACAGGUUCUGGUAAAACAUAUAUUGCAGUUUGUCUCAUUAAAAGAUUCCGUCAUGCAUUACAAAAACCGUGGGGACAGGGAGGGAAGCGGUCUUUCUUCCUGGUCAACACUGUACCAUUAGUAAACCAACAGAAAAAGGUAAUAGAACAUCGAUGUGCCGUCAGUGUCGGUGGUUACAGCAGUGAAGAUGGGGUAGAUUACUGGGAUAAAGCCAAAUGGGACACUGAACUAGAAAAUAAUCAGGUAAUUGUAAUGACCACUCAGAUUCUAUGCGACAUGUUGACCCAUCAAUACAUUAGAAUUGAAGACAUAAACUUCAUAAUAUUCGACGAAUGUCACCACGCGGUCGUCGAUCACCCCAUGCGGAUCGUUAUGAAACAUUUCGAGAACUGCCCGAAAGAUGAACAACCUCGAGUCCUAGGUUUGACAGCGACUCUUUUGAACGCAAAUGUAAAGACAUCAAGAGUGGAGGAUACGCUCCGCGAGUUAGAGAUAACAUUCCACGCAAAGAUUGCCACGGUUGAUGAGCUGGGACAAGUUUUAGACUAUUCUACGAAUCCAAAUGAAAUGGUGCAGUUCUACCGAAGCCUGGCACCGUCAAACGUGUCCAAUGACGUCAUCACUCGCCUGACGAAACUACAGCUACUAAUCAAUGAAAUUAAGUUGCCUAACCCUUCUCCAACCCACACUAAGCAACUAAAAGAUUGGCAGAAAGAAAUGUCUACUAAUCCGACGAAGAUAGUGAAAGCAGUGAGGAAUAUGAUAACGGCCAUAAUAAUUUUUAUAGAAGAACUAGGUCUUUACGGCGGUUCCUUGGGCAUAUUGUCGUACAUAAUAUUAUUAGAACGUUUGAAGCGAAAAGCUAUAACUAAAGAGGAGGAACUUUUAUAUAAAUUGGCUAUUACACAUUGUGUAGAUGCACGCGCCAUGUUAUUAACAGCAAUGGAAUCGGAAACUGGAUACGCGAAAAUAGUAAAAUAUUCAUCGGAAAAAGUAUUGCUGAUGUUGAAUAUAUUGAAAGAAUACAAUCCAACUACAAUGAACACUCCCGGAGUACUACUGAAAGUGAAUAAAAAUCGAGGGACUCUAUCAGCCAUAAUAUUCACGAAGCAAAGGUUUACAGCAAAAGUUUUAUAUAAUCUUUUGAAGGACGUGAAAGAUACAAAUCCUGAGGAGUUUGGUUUUCUAAAACACGAUUUCGUUGUUGGUUUCAACGUCAACCCGUUGAAGAACACGAGAGAAGAGUACUAUGUCAAGAAAUGUAGUCAUAAAGCGUUAUUGAAGUUUAAGAACAAUGAUUUGAACUGUUUGAUAUCGACGAGCGUUAUAGAAGAAGGAAUAGACAUACCACAGUGUCUGUUAGUAAUGCGCUACGACCCGCCCUUAGAGUACCGGUCGUACAUACAGAGCAAAGGCCGUGCGAGAAGUAGUAAGUCAAAUUUCGUUCUAUUGGUCAAUGUAGAAGAAAAAAAGAAGUUCAUGAAAAUGUAUGAAGAGUUCCAGUAUACAGAGAGAGUGAUACAAAGGAUACUUGUUGGAAACUCUGACGAUCGUUUAGAGCCGUCUACAUCGGACAUCACUCGUCAACUGUACAAGGACGAAGAUGUACCGCCUUUUGUUACACCAUAUGGAGCUCGUUUGUCUGCAGUAUCAGCUAUAAGUUUACUGAAUCGAUACUGCUCAAUACUCCCACACGAUCAGUUCACAGUCAUCACGCCGAUGUGGAUUCAAGAAGAGGUCGUGGAUAGUCUUGGUGUCGUACGAAAGCUUGUCACGAUCGUAAUGCCCAUCGCUUGUCCUAUUAAAGAGGAAAUACAGGGAUUGCCUAGAUUCAGUUUGAAGUCCGCCAAGAGAUCAGCAGCUCUAAACGCUUGCAAGUUGUUGUAUGAAAUAGGAGAACUUGAUGCGCUAACGCUACUGCCCACUCGAUACACUGCAGUAGAUUUCGACGACGCAGAAGUGAAAGCUUGCUUCCUAAAUUGGCGCGACGAAGACGUGGUUCGUGACGACCCUGAAAUUCCAUACCCAGGAACAACGAAACGAGUUAGGAAACAUCGAAUACAGUUCCCACUGCUUCUAAACAGUGUGCCAGACGGCGAUGUUUACUAUUUACACGUAAUAAAGUCGAGAAUUGCUUUUGCGGAGCCCAAGGAUACUCGAGAGAAUGCUCUGUAUAAGCUUCUGGAACGUGGUGAAGGGUAUGGUUUCCUCACCCAAAACCCUUUGCCCACACUCUGCGAGUUUCCAAUGUACCUGACAGUCGGAGAGGUCGCUACUUCCAUCGAUGUCAACUAUGCCGUCAUCAAACUUAACGCUGCUAUGUUCCAGUUGGUCAAACAAUUCCAUUACUUCCUAUUCGAGCAAGUACUAGCAAUUGCCAAAAAGUUCGUUGCGUUUGAGGGUGAAGUUAAUUGUAUGUACGUUGUACCCAUCAAAGAAGACAAUGGAUAUGACAUAGAUUGGAAUGUUAUGACCACACAUAAUGAAAUUGCACCAGUCCAGCCAACUUCGUAUGAGGAAAGACUUUUUAUAAAUGUAACACAAGAGAAUUACAAGGACUGUGUCGUGACGCCGUGGUAUAGAGUUCUGCCGGAUAGGUACAUCGUGUCUCGGGUCCUCGAAUAUAUGACGCCUCAGUCUCAGUUCGACUCAGAUUCUUAUUUAACAUUUGCCGACUACUACGCUGACAAAUAUAAGUUGGAAGUUAUUGGUGAGAAAUCCCAACCUUUAUUGGAAGUAAAAAACAUAAGUUCAAGGAUGAACUGUUUACUGCCGAGAGCGGCUACAAUAAAUGCUUUGACGGACAAGCAGAAGAAACUUGUGUCUGCUUCUCAAGGCGAUGAUAAAACAAACAGGGGCUUCGCAGAAGUAUUUGUAGCUGAAUUCUGUGUCAAAUAUGAAUAUCCAGGAGUACUAUGGUACAAGGCUGUCAUGUUACCAAGCAUUAUACACAGGGUGUUCAUGUUAUUGGUAUCCCACGAACUACUCUCGGAAAUUGCCGAUGAAACGGGAUACGGCACUCCAGUACGCAAAAAAACUGAAGAUUGGUUGCCGAUUGAGACUCACAUUCAGGUUGCUACCAAUUCCCUGCUAGCUCAAGUUGAAGAACCACCUCAGGUUGCUUCGGUUGACAGGAUAAACAAUCCUAUAGAUGACGAAAGUGGAAGGCGUCCUAAGAUACUUUCUAUGAAGGAAAACUUGUAUCAUCUGCAACAGAAGAAACUUAACAAGGAGUUUCCUUGGGAUGACAAAGCGGAGCCGCUAGAUAUAGAACGUAAUCUUUCGACUGUGACGGUGUUGGAUGUGGAAUGUUACGACGAGUUUGUGUCAGCUCCAUUAGUAUCGACGUCGCAUUACGACAUACAACCUCCUCGACAAACUGUGUUCCACUCCGCCGCUAUAUCAGCUGCACCAGCCGAAUACAACGAUCAGAUUAAAAUCCUCAAAAGGACGACAAAAGGCACUAGUCCUGAACUACGAGAUGUUAUAGCAGCACUAACAACUAUCAAGUCACAUGACACGUUCGAUUUAGAACGGGUGGAGACUUUGGGAGACUCCUUCAUGAAAUUCGCAGCCAGUCUCUACCUAUACCAUAAGUUCCCAACCCUUAAUGAAGGACAGUUAACAAAUAUAAAAGGACGAUUGAUAAGCAACAGAAACCUUUACUAUGCUGGAGAAAGGUUCAAUCUGGCUGGAAGGAUGAAGAUAGAACAUUUUAGUCCAAGGAAAGAUUUUAUGGUGCCUGGCUUCUUCGCGCCGAAAGAAGUUGAAGAAUUCAUAAAAGAAAAGGAGAUCCGUCCAAUAUUUCUGAUCGGUGUGCAGUUCCCAAGGGAUGAACUCCUUGACGGUAAAUUGUCUGAAGACAGUAUGAACAUGGUGAGGGACAAAUUUACAAACGAUAGUACUGCGGAGACUGAACCACCAGAGAAAGUUCAGAAUGCUAUGCAACUGUACGUACAUUCUCAAGCUGUCUCAGAUAAGUCGGUUGCAGAUUGCGUGGAAGCACUCAUCGGUACCUAUCUACUAAGCGGCGGAGUAUUGGGUGCUGUCAAAGUGCUUGAGUGGAUGAAAGUCAUACCUCCACAGGAUAAAUUCGCGGAAUAUUUACACAGGCGUGUGCCGACUGCUAUUACAGACAAAAAGACAACUCCAGAAGACGUCAACUUCUUGCUAAAUUAUACCAGAAAUGAUGUGGAGACGAUCUUAAACUAUAAAUUCAAUGACCCGACCUUCUUGCUGGAGGCCCUGUCCCACGCUUCAUACAUUCGCAAUAGAGUGACGCGAUCCUACGAACGUCUAGAGUUUCUAGGCGAUGCUAUAUUGGACUUCCUUUUAACAUCACAUAUAUUCGAAAACUGCCGGGAAUUGAAGCCUGGCGAGAUGACAGACUUACGAUCGGCACUCGUCAAUAAUGUUACCUUCGCGUCUUAUGUCGUCAAACUUGGAUUACAUAAAUUUUUAUGUUCCGAACUGAAUCCGACGUUAGAUAAAGCAAUUAUCCUGUUUGUGGACCACCAAGUGCAGAGAAACCACGAGAUCGUUGAAGACGUCCUUUAUUUAAUAGACGAAGAAGAGUGUAACAUCGCUGAAUAUGUUGAAGUUCCUAAGGUCCUCAGUGAUAUAUUAGAAGCUCUAGUCGGUGCCAUUUUCCUGGACAGCGGCGGUGACCUCUCAAAAGUGUGGUCUGUAAUAUACCGCAUCAUGUACAAGGAAAUACAUUCCUUCUCCAGUCGUAUUCCACAACAGCCUGUCAAAGUUUUAUAUGAGAAAAUUCACGCUUGUCCUGUAUUUAGGAAAGCAGAAAUCAUCGAUCGUGAGGUACCAAAGCUAAAAGUGGGUGUUACUAUCACUAAGAAUGAUGCCCAGCACACCGUUUAUGGUAUCGGUCGCAACAAGUCUCAAGCCAAGCGAGCUGCGGCCAAAAUGGCGCUUAAAGUCUUAAGCAGUUAAGCCUAAAGAAUCUCCCGCCUUUUUUCCGAGGCAGAGAUAUUUACGUCUACUUUUCGCUAGUUACAGACUAUAAAUUGUACUCGUUUACGUAAUUAUUUUUUUACAACUUUAUCUGAGGCGACAUUCGCCGAUAUCAAAUUGAAUUUAAAAAAAAUAAUUUUUGUUGGAUAUUAUUAUUUACUUAUUUACCGUGGGAUUUCACCCGCUGCUCGGCUCCUAUUGAUCGUUGCAUAUGUUUUAUAGCAUAUAGCUUUCCUCAACAAGUGGACUGUAAAAUUGAACCAGGAAUAAGUUCGAAGAUUUCGCACAUUCUAACAAACAAACAAACAAACUCUUUAGCUUUAUAGUGUAGAAUUUAUUUUUUUAUAACUCCCUAUAUCAUUUUAAUGUUAUUUUAAUAUUUUUAAUGUUCUAGAAGUAAUCUUGUUUUGUCUCAAAAUAGUUAUUUCCUUUGUACUUGUUUUAACUAUUUUAUUGUUUUAUAAUAGGGUUGAUGACGGGGUAUGAAAAUAAAAAAUCCGUUUAGUCCGUCAGU